UGGUAUAAAAUUUAUUCUGAAUGGGCUUUCAACAGCUGAAGCGCAGGGCUAGCUGCUUGGAGAAAAACCCUUAAAAAGAAUAAAAAAAGGUGAAGCCAACAGAAGCUAAGUGACACUAGGGUUUUAGAGAAAAUGGUUUUAGGGCUUAGACAAUUCAGCCAGAGAACCGGCGACGGUGCUGGACAGCCAAUUCUCGACACCGACAAUGGCGAGGAACUCAUGCACGUCCAGCCUUCUGUCUCCAUCGUCCUUGGAAAUCGUCCUCCGGACUCCCCUGGCACUCUCUACAUCACCUCCAAGCAAGUGAUAUGGUUGAGUGACGUGGAUAAAACAAAAGGUUAUGCUGUUGAUUUCUUGUCUCUGUCCCUUCACGCCGUAUCCAGGGAUCCAGAGGCCUAUACAUCUCCUUGUAUUUACACUCAGAUUGAGACUGAAGCUCUUAAUGAAGAUGAGGAUGAUGAGGAUUCAGAAUCGGGUGAAGUUUUAGACUUAUCGAAAGUCACGGAGAUGAGACUUGUUCCUUCUGAUGCUAGCUUAUUGGAUACCCUGUUUGAGAUAUUCUGUGAGUGUGCUGAGCUCAAUCCUGAACCUAUUGAAGAUGAAUCAGAAGGGCACAAUUGGAUUUUUAGUGCUGAUCAGCUGGAAAAUGAGGCUUCAGGGGAAGAUGCUGGAUGGCAUUUUUUUCAGGAUCCGACAAACUCAAUUGGUCAUUCAAAUGGAGAUCACGACCUUGCUAACACAGUGCUUCAGCUUCAAAUCAAUGAUCAACGCUUUGAGGAUGCAGAGGAGAUGGAACAUGAAAGUGAUGGCAGCCAUUAGUGAGCCUUAAGACCUUUCUGUCAAUUCAUAAUAUGGCAGAGGUGAGUCAGUUGUUCUCUUUUUAGUUCAUGUUAAUUGUUCUCCCCUACAUGGAGAUUAUCGCUGUACAUGUCUAUAGACAAUAUCUUAAAUUACUAAUGAGUAGCGUGAGAUGGCAGCAGAGUCCACUUUUCAUGUGAC